GAUGGCCUGAAGCUGAUCUUGGGAUAACAGCUGAAGCCUGAAUAGGGAUAAUAGCAGCCAGUAGAAGCCACAGCCCUUGCAGUGAUGGUUUGCAGGGGAAGCAUUGCCCUCUUUGCUUCUCUCUCUUUGGGUGGCCCAGCAUUCUUCAUGCAGARCGUGCUUUUAACAUCCCCUUUUCCCUUCCCCAGGAUGGGAAUCCAUGGCUUGGCCAAGCUUAUUGCUGAUGUGGCUCCUGGGGCCAUCCGGGAGAAUGACAUCAAGUCCUACUUUGGCCGGAAAGUGGCCAUCGACGCCUCCAUGAGCAUCUACCAAUUCCUGAUUGCCGUGCGGCAGGGAGCUGAUGUGCUCCAGAACGAGGAYGGGGAAACCACCAGCCACCUCAUGGGAAUGUUCUACCGCACCAUCCGCAUGGUGGAGAACGGCAUCAAGCCGGUGUAUGUGUUCGAUGGGAAGCCCCCGCAGCUGAAAUCCGGGGAGCUGGCGAAGCGCACGGAGCGUCGGGCUGAGGCGGAGAGGCACCUGCAGGAAGCGCAGGAGGCUGGGGAGGAGGAGAAUAUUGAGAAGUACAGCAAGAGGCUGGUCAAGGUGACCCCACARCACACGCAGGAGUGCAAGAAGCUGCUGACACUGAUGGGAAUUCCCUACGUGGAGGCACCGGGAGAGGCGGAGGCCAGCUGUGCCGCGCUGGUGAAGGCUGGGAAGGUGUACGCCGCCGCCACGGAGGACAUGGAUUGCCUCACCUUCGGCAGCCCCGUGUUGAUGCGGCACCUGACAGCCAGYGAGACCAAGAAGCUGCCCAUCCAGGAGUUCCAUCUGAACCGGAUCCUGCAGGAUCUGCAGCUGACCUGGGAGCAGUUUGUGGACCUGUGCAUCCUGCUGGGCUGCGACUACUGUGCCAGCAUCCGCGGCAUUGGGCCGAAGCGUGCUGUGGAGCUCAUCCGGGAGCACAAAUCCAUCGAGAGGAUUGUGCAGCAGCUCGACACCAAGAAGUACCCCUUGCCUGAGAAYUGGCUGCACCGGGAGGCUCAGAAGCUCUUCCUGGAGCCUGAYGUGAUUGAUCCCGAUGCCGUGGAGCUGAAGUGGAGCGAGCCGGACGAGGAGCAGCUGGUGCAGUUCAUGUGCGGGGAGAAGCAGUUCAAUGAGGAGCGCAUCCGGAACGGCGUCAGGAGGCUGAGCAAGAGCCGCCAGGGGAGCACCCAGGGCCGGCUCGAUGACUUCUUCAARGUCACAGGAUCCAUCACCUCAGCCAAGCGCAAGGAGCCAGAGCCCAAGGGAGCGGCUAAGAAGAAAGCCAAGUCCAACAGUGCCACAGCCGCAAAGACUAAAAGGGCAAAGUAACCAGAUUGGGCACCUGCAAACAUCUAGGACUGGGUUUUUUUGGGGCAUAAUGAGGAAUUUUAGACUAAUGACAGACAGUUGUGUGUGACUGCUGCAUGCUAGUGCUGGGAAGGAACAGGUGAGGCCAGGAGUGGAACAGUUUCUGGGCACAAACACGCCCAAAUUUCAGAAUUUCAUAGUUGAACAGUUGCAGAGCAGACUCAGGACAAACUAGAUUUCAUCCCAACCCCAGCCAUCAUGAAAGAGGGAGAUGYAAGCAGAAACUGGGAAGAUAGUAGUAGAAUACAAGCUGGAAUUGGAAAGGAGRCUUCAAGUAGUGAGGUAAAAUUCUCCCUUCAGAGAGUUUAUUAAGGUUUUUCCUUCCCUUUUCUUGGUCACUCUCCUUGUUUAAAACCCUGUUGUGAUCUCAAUUCCAGCAAUGUCSUGGCCCGCUUUUAGUGCAUAAUCCAAGGAAAGUGGAGCCCAGACUGCAGCUCUCCCAGCUGGAAAUUUGCUUAGAAAUGCUUAAAAAUAAAAAUAUCCAUAYGCCUAGAACUGCAGCCUCUUCAGUYACUGAAUUCCAGAGGCAYKUUUCCGUUUUGUACGCACUUACAGGUCCCAGGAUGAGAAUGAAAACUUCUUAGUUCUUAUUUUAUUCUGUAUUUUCUACAGUUUUUUGCUUGUCAGAACCACAGGAGGGAUUUUGUUUCCAGAAUAAAAUUUAAACACAACAAUACUGUUUCUGUUUCUCUGGAGAAGUGGCUUAAACCAUGCUUUUAAAUUAAAAUSCCAGUUUUAGAGGGAAUUCUGUAACAGCCAACAAACCAAGCGCACUCUGGGACUCUGAGAAUUCCAAGUUUAAGAUCUUUGGAUGCUUCGUAGACAUCAAAAAUCCAUGUGUCUGCUCUUUGACAAUUUGGAAAAUAAGCUGGCUUUUUUUGUGGGGAAAUUAAUACUUAUUUAAUAUUUA